AUGACGGAGGUAUUGGGAUACGUGACCGAUGUCAUAAAAAACAUCAAUGCGGGCAACCUAAAUUACUGCCAAAACCUCUCCUAUCCGGAUAAUAAUGUUGAACAGUACAAAGAAUUCGAAGCUGCAAUAAAACAACUCGUUGACCGCCAAUUAUAUCUCGAAAAAGAGGCAGCCAAGUAUCAAGCACUACUCAGUGAAACCGAUUCUGUAAUAAUCAUUAAUCCCAGAGAUGGCAUAACAACCGAUAACUCAAGUGAUACCGACCCUCUUAGUUCAGCCUCAUCUCCUAGUAUAACAUCAAUCGAUUCUACCGACUAUUCUAGCGCACGAUUAUCAAAUUUACAAACUGAUAAUACAAUUAUUGCCAGUGCGGGUGACGCUGGCUUAGAUAUAUCAAAAACACAUCAUCUAAGCGCACCGGCUUAUCCUUCUAACCUAUUCACUGGACAAAAACAUCCCGUCUUUCAUGAUGAACGCGUCUGCCCGAAUGCAAUCAACACCAUGGCUGAUACUAUUGACGGUCUCUUUCUCGAACUCAUUCAUGUUGCUCGCGAAGUUGGUGAUGAAGGAAAAUUGGGUGUCAAGGCACAAAACCAAGACUUGGACGGAGCUUGGAAGGAGUUUGUGGUUAAUUUAAAUUUGGUCACUAGUAAUCACUCCAAGCAAGUCAGAGACAUUGCUGAAGUUUGUACCUCGGUAGCGCGUGGUGAUUUGAGCAAAAAGAUCACGGUUGAAGUCAAGGGUGAAACUCUGGUUCUGAAAAAUACGAUAAACACUAUGGUUGACCAAUUGAAUUCGUUCGCAUCCGAAGUAACACGUGUCGCACAUGAUGUCGGUACAGAGGGUAAACUGGGCGUGCAAGCACAAGUCCAAGGCGUGGAUGGCACUUGGAAAAUUCUUACUGAUAACGUCAAUACGAUGGCCGCUAACCUUACUGCACAAGUGCGUGAUAUUGCUAAUGUCUCAAAAGCUGUAGCUCGCGGUGACCUAAGCAAAAAGAUUACAGUAGACGUGAAAGGAGAAAUUUUAGAGUUGAAGAAUACGAUUAAUACUAUGGUUGAUCAGCUUCAAACUUUUGCUACAGAAGUGACUCGUGUAUCUGUCGAAGUAGGCACGGAAGGAAAAUUGGGUGGACAAGCUAAUAUAAAGGAUCUUGGCGGCAUAUGGAAAGACCUCACAGACAAUGUAAAUCUUAUGGCAUCUAAUCUUACCGGUCAAGUGCGUGAUAUUGCUACUGUAUGUAAAGCCGUGGCCUGUGGUGAUUUGUCAAGAAAAGUUACCGUACCUGUACAGGGAGAAAUAUUAGAGCUAAAAGUGACGAUAAAUACUAUGGUGGAACAAUUACGUUUGUUUGCUGCGGAGGUAACACGUGUCGCACGUGAAGUGGGCACCGAGGGUAGACUGGGAGGUCAGGCGGAAGUGCAAGGUGUCGAUGGUACAUGGAAAAUUCUCACAGAUAACGUCAACACAAUGGCUGCCAAUCUCACAGCCCAAGUACGUGAUAUCGCGAACGUGUCAAAAGCCGUAGCUCGUGGUGAUCUAAGUAAGAAAAUUACAGUAGAUGUUCGAGGAGAAAUUUUGGAACUGAAAAACACUAUCAAUACUAUGGUGGACCAGUUGCAGACGUUUGCUACUGAAGUAACUCGUGUAUCAUUGGAAGUCGGUACAGAAGGCAAAUUAGGUGGUCAAGCCGUUGUAAAGGACGUCGAGGGUACUUGGAAAAUCUUGACAGACAAUGUCAAUAUAAUGGCUGCCAAUCUUACCACGCAAGUACGAUCCAUUGCCGAGGUCACAACAGCUGUAGCUUGCGGCGAUCUUAGUAAAAAGAUUACUGUCGAUGUCAGAGGUGAAAUAUUAGAAUUAAAGAGCACGGUAAACUCUAUGGUGGACCAAUUACGUAUGUUUGCAGCUGAAGUAACUCGUGUAGCUCGCGAGGUGGGUACGGAAGGUAUUCUUGGUGUGCAGGCACAUGUUAAAGAUGUUGGUGGCACAUGGAAGGAACUCACGGACAAUGUGAAUACUAUGGCGUCGAACCUUACUGCUCAAGUACGUGACAUUGCUAGUGUAUCAAAGGCCGUAGCAUGCGGAGAUUUAAGCAAGAAGAUUACAGUAGACGUUAGGGGAGAAGUAUUGGAAUUGAAAAACACUAUCAAUACUAUGGUGGAUCAGUUGCAGACAUUCGCUACUGAAGUAACUCGUGUAUCAUUGGAAGUCGGUACAGAGGGCAAACUCGGUGGUCAAGCCGUUGUAAAGGACGUCGAGGGUACUUGGAAAAUCUUGACAGACAAUGUCAACAUAAUGGCUGCCAAUCUUACCACGCAAGUACGAUCCAUUGCCGAGGUCACAACAGCCGUAGCUUGCGGCGAUCUUAGUAAAAAGAUUAUUGUUGAUGUCAGAGGUGAAAUAUUAGAAUUAAAGAGCACGGUAAACUCUAUGGUGGACCAAUUACGUAUGUUUGCAGCUGAAGUAACUCGUGUAGCUCGCGAGGUGGGUACUGAGGGCAAACUAGGAGGUCAAGCUGUGGUUAAGGAUGUCGAUGGUACAUGGAAGAUUCUGACUGAUAAUGUCAACACGAUGGCCGCUAAUCUCACCGCACAAGUGCGUGAUAUCGCUAAUGUCUCGAAAGCCGUAGCUCGCGGUGAUCUAAGCAAAAAGAUUACAGUAGAUGUCAGGGGUGAAGUUUUGGAGUUGAAGAAUACGAUUAACACUAUGGUGGAUCAGUUAUCAACAUUCGCGGCUGAAGUAACUCGCGUGGCUCGUGAAGUGGGUACAGAAGGCAAAUUGGGUGUCCAAGCUGAAGUCGAAGGUGUUGACGGUACUUGGAAAGAAAUCACGUCCAAUGUAAACACGAUGGCUGCCAAUCUUACAUCGCAAGUGCGCGCAUUUGCCCAAAUCUCGGCUGCUGCGACUGAUGGCGAUUUUUCACAAUUCAUUACUGUUGACGCAUCAGGCGAAAUGGAUUCGUUAAAAACAAAAAUCAAUCAGAUGGUAUUAAAUCUGCGUGAUAGUAUUCAAAAGAACACAGCCGCCAGAGAAGCUGCUGAACUUGCAAACAGGAGUAAGAGUGAAUUCUUGGCCAACAUGUCUCAUGAGAUUCGUACACCUAUGAACGGUAUUAUUGGUAUGACCACCCUGACUUUGGAAACUGAAUUGACUCGACAGCAGCGUGAAAACUUGAUGAUUGUAAGUUCAUUGGCCAACUCUCUAUUAACUAUUAUCGAUGACAUCCUGGAUAUUUCCAAGAUUGAAGCCGGACGCAUGACUAUUGAACAGAUUACGUUUUCGCUUCGCCCCGCGGUCUUUGGCGUAUUAAAAACGCUGGCAGUAAAGGCAAAUCAGAAGAAAUUGGAUCUAAUAUACGAAGUAGAUAAUAACAUUCCAGAUCAACUAAUCGGAGAUCCUCUCAGAAUGCGUCAGGUCAUCACGAACCUUAUUGGAAAUGCCAUCAAAUUUACGACCGAGGGUGUUGUUGUCCUUUCCGUUCACACUAGGGAAAUCAAUAACAAUCAAGUCACAUUGGAAUUUUGUGUUUCCGAUUCAGGCAUUGGUAUUCAAGAAGAUAAACUGGACAUGAUAUUUGACACCUUCUGUCAGGCUGACGGUUCAACAACAAGAAAAUAUGGUGGAACUGGACUGGGACUUUCAAUUUCAAAACGAUUGGUAUCCCUCAUGGGCGGUAAUUUGUGGGUGAAGAGUGUUUACGAGCGUGGAUCGCAGUUCUUCUUUACCGUAAAAGUGAAGUUGGGAACUAUGUCACCUGAACUGGUUGAACAGAAGAUGAGUCCAUGGCACGGGCGACACAUUUUGUUUAUCGAUACUUUGCAUGACACGACCGGAGUAGCAAAGUCCCUCGAAGAUUUGAAGUUGCGACCAAAAUUGGCCAGUUCCGUUGAGGAAGCAGCUAAUAUAGCAAGUUCUCGUAAUAAUGAUGCACCAUUGUUUGAUACAGUUAUCGUGGAUGAUUUGUCUAUUGUCGAGCCUCUUCGUGAGAUUUCACAUCUUCGAUAUAUUCCUGUC